UGUCUGAACAACAACAACCAGUACAACUGUUGAUCAGUUCAACGUAUCUCAACAACGGCGACAAGCGAAAACAAACCAUGGAUUGUUUGGAGGCUAUACACGAUCCAUACUGUUGGAAAUGCGGCACUGAAGUGAAUUUAUCCAUUGACGCCGAAAAUGCACAGUGUACAAAUUGUGUGCGAUCUUUUCAUGCCGGCUGUCUUGUCAGGAGCGAACGAAAAUACAUUGAAUGUGGCGAAUGGCUGUGUCCGGUGUGCAAAGAACUAAUAGCAGCCGAACGCAAUGACAAGCUAAGCGAUUUGAGCAUUCUGUCAAUGGUUAUGAGACAUGUGUCCGAAAACAAAAUCUUCAACCCAUUGAAGCAGCCUCUAAAGACAGUCCGAGUUUUGGUAAAUCCGAUUAAUUUGAAAGUCAUUGAGGAUAAAAUUGAGUUUGAUCGCAAUGCGUACAAGACUUUAGUUGAAUUCCGUGUCGACGUUCAAUGGAUUGAACACAACUGUGCCAUCGCAUACUCAGGAGGGUUAAUUUAUAAGAGCGCCAACUCCAUACCAUUGAGUAAUUUUUCCACAUACACUCCAGAAGAUACCAAUUCCAAGACCAAAACGGCUCGUUUAUUACUUGAAUACGUGAACGACGAAAUCGAAGGUCUGAGAAAUGUGAUGAGAACAUGUAAUGAUUGCUAUAAGUCUCUAAUCAGUGGUCAGAAAAAUUGGUUUAAAUUAAUCUGCUCCCGUGUGCACCUCCCAAUCUGGGCCAAGCUUAAAGGAUACAUCUACUGGCCAGCGAAGCUUAUGUCAAUAAAUGAAAACCUGGUGAAUGUACGUUUCUUCGGCGAUUACACAUACAAUGACGUGCCCGCUUUCAAUUGCUACUUAUACUCCGAAAGCAAUCCAGAUGGACCAUGCAAGACGAAUGAUCUUUAUAUAAAUCUUUACAAUCGAGCUCUGAAUGAGGCCGCCGAAUACAUUGAUAAUCUUCGUGCGAAAUUUGGAUAUGUAGAAUUACCCAAAGCAAGGACAUUAUUGAAUCCAGAAAUGGUUGAGUGUUAUUUAACCGAUAUGAUACCAACGCUUGGCGAACAAAAUUUGUUAGAGAGAAUGGACGUUGAUUCGAUGCAGGCACUCGAAUACUCGGACACAUCUGAUUCCAUGCAGAGUCAAGGAGAUACAUCGGAAACCGAAUCGAUUGAUAUUCAAAUCGAAGAUGUGAUUGAAAAUUAUGGAGAACCAAAUGCAAAACGAUUUCUUUAUGUUGAUUCAAAUCAUGGAGAGAAUAAUGACACCACAAAUGCUUCAUUAUUUAUUGAGAAAACGCACGACCAGUAUUGUUGGCGAUGUUGUGAGUAUAGAACGAGAUUAAAGUGUUCGAACUGCGUUCGAUCCUUCCACAAAAAAUGCGUUACACCAGUUGAUGUAGAAAAUGCCGAAAGAUUUGCUUGGCAAUGUCCGGUGUGUACAAUUUUAAAUGCUACUGUAUAUAGUGGACAAGAUACGGAAAUGUUGGCUAUUUUCAUUGAUCGAAUUUGGCGAGAUGAAUCGUUCGAUGUGUUAAAACAUCCAUUGGCCGACCCGUCAAACAAGCAAAUCAUCCAUCCAAUUGAUUUGACCACCGUUAAAGACAAGACAAAACUCUAUACUAGUUUCAAUGAAUUCUAUGUUGACAUUUGUUGGAUUGUACACAAUUGUGUGAUUUUGUAUACAGAAAAUAACGAGAAAACAAUAGCAGCUCGCUCAGUGUUGAAUUUAAUAAGCGCCGAAAGACAAAUGGUUCAAAAGUGUUUUCAAUGUUACCAAAAUUUCAACAAAUAUCCGGACCAUUGGUUUACAUUGGUAUGCGAGGAGCCUCAUUUACCAUGCUGGGCGAAAAAGUUGGGCUCGAAUUAUUGGCCGGCAAAAGUUUUGAGUGCUGAGGAGCACAAAGUGAUGGUUCAAUUUUUUGGAGACCAUACGCAAACUGAAGUAUCUGUCUACAAUUGCUUUUUUUACUCGGAAUCGAAUCCAAGCCGCAUUACAAAUCCAUUGGAUGACUAUGAUGAUGCAAUAAAGGAAGCUGAUGAAUAUAUUAAAAAUAUCAGAAAUAAAUUUGGCUCGUUUCGUUAUGCUGAUACAAAAACCUAUUUUAAUCCCGCCCAACUUGAUCACUAUAUUGCGCAGUUGAUACCGGGUCUGUCUGAAUAUCGCAGCACAAGGGACAACCCAACCAUUUCGAUUGGUAGCAGCUCAAAUAGCACCACGACUGUGAAAGAGGAAUUCAAUGGAGAUGCCACAUUUGAAUUUUCAACUAACGAAAAUAGCGACGAUGACCAAUUCGAAUUAUUUAAAAUAGAAAAACGUCGAUUUUCUGAAGAUAUUGAUGAUGACAAUGUUAUUGUCAUUGACUGAAACAGUACAAAAUUCCAUCACAAAAUUACAGUAACAUCAAUGGGGGGGUGUCGACUUUUUCGUGUUAUAAAAAUAUUUCUUCUAUAGUAGAACUUCUACUGUAGAAGGUCCAAUUAAAAGGAACCACCGUUGAUUGAUUUUACUGUAUUUUGCUAGCAUUAAAAAACGUACAAAUUUUGCUGAAUAAACAGCAAUUAUUUUUAAAAUAAACUAAUUUUUUUGUUGAGUGAAAAAAAUAAUGGAAUUUUAAACGUGUGAAUAUAUUUAAGUGUG